GUUCACACACCUUGAAAACUCGUCCAGAUUCUCUCACCCACCUUCCCUUACUUGCACCGAAACACCUUCUCUUCCUUUGUUGCUCAAAAAGGCUGAAUCUUUGACUGCCCAUUUAUUGUCAUACCCAUCUCUAGAAUCUUGGCAUUCAUCCCUGAAACACAGCUACAAACAAAAUCUCUGAUCAUAGUACAAGUGCUUGUUGGCUUUGAGCUUUUAACUUGUGAGAGAAGCAUGGUGGGGGCUUUUUCUGUGAUGGGUUCAUCUGUGGUGGACUCACACACAUGUCCGUGCUUGUGUUUGGAUGCACUGCCCACAACUGCCAUGAGUCUCAGGAGUGGAGGAGAAGUGGGUUUGCAGAGGGGGAAGAAACACUUGGUGAAGCCAGGACGAGGGUCUUUGGAGUUGAGCAGCUCUUUCAUUGAUUCAGGGCAUGACAGGUGGCUCUCUAUGAAGGCUGUUCCUGGUGUGAGGAGGAAACGGAAGAAUCGGAAUGUUGGGAUUGUUAAUGAGCUUGCUGGCCAAUAUGAGGACAGCUUUGAGGAUGUUAAGACGCAACUACUCAACUAUUUUACAUACAAGGCUGUGAGGACUGUCAUGAACCAGCUCUAUGAGAUGAAUCCAACACAAUAUAGGUGGUUUUAUGACUUUGUUGUAAACAACAAGCCUGGAGAUGGCAAGCGGUUCCUCCGUGCACUUGGGAAGGAGAGACAUGAACUUGCUGAGAGAGUAAUGGUCACACGGCUUCACCUCUAUGGUAAAUGGGUCAAGAAAUGUAAUCAUGCUGAAAUGUAUCAAGAAAUCUCUAAUGAGAACUUGGAGUUGAUGCGUGAACGUCUUAUUGAGACUGUGAUAUGGCCCUCAGAUGACUCAAACACAGAGAAGAUUGGCUAAUAGAUUAUAAUGUCAUCAUAUGAUUGAGGAUUCCUUAUUAUUCCUAGUCUAGGUAUUUCUUGUUGUAUACCAAUCGGUUCCCCAGGUUGAUUAGUAUUAUUUUCUACCAAUUAAUAACUUGCUCAAUAUGUAUUCUGUAAAUUGUAUAUAGAACAUCCACCAUUUUAUAUAUCUUCCAGAGAUUAGUCA